AUGAAAAACCUUGGAUUUGAUAUAGUAUUCAAAAACAGACAUGAACUCAGUAGAUAUAAAUCAGGGGGUUUAGUGCUUGCUAUUAAAAGGGAUAUUAAGCUGAAGUGGAAGACUAUUAAGACUGAGGAUGUACUUCAUGAUGAUGAUGAUGAUGAUGAUGAUGAUGAUGAUGUUGAUGAUGAUGGUUCACCAACAUUGUUAAAAGAUGUAAAUGAAUUUAGAGUGCUAGACUAUGACCCAUUGUAUUCAGAUAUUCAUUGUGGUAUUCAUGUACAGCUUAAAGUAAAUAUUGAGUAUGCAAUUAUUAACAAUGCCAAUAUAGCACCUGUGAGUAACUAUAAUCAACCAAGUAAGUGGAGAGCAUCUAAGGAAGAGGAUUAUAUAGCAGAAAUUGAUGAAAAUCAGGUAAAAGAGUUAAUAGAGCAGAUGGAUUCUAUGGACAUUGAAGAUAAUCUAUCAGAGGAAAUUAGUGAAAGUGAUAAGCAUUUAAGUGAACUAGAAAGUGCUACAAUUGAAUCUGGGGAAGAGGAAACACUGAAUGAGCCCAUUACAGAACAUGAAGUGUUGAAAGCUAUUAGAAAACUAAAGAAUGACAAGGCACCUGGAUAUGAUGAUAUUGUUAAUGAAUAUAUUAAAAUCCAGCUUACACAGCUGAUGGGCACAAAACUCACCAGACUUGGAUGA